UCCAGCUAGCGGCGGCGGAAGAAAAAGAAUUUAUCCAAUCCCUACCCGCCAUGGCAAUGGCGGCCGCCUCUCGUCUCUCCUAUCCCUCUCCCUCUAUCCCCAUCCUAAGAAGUCAACCCCUUCCCUCCCGUCGGAGUUUUUCGAGAGGAGGAGAUCAGAAGCCCCCGCCGCCUCCCCUUCUCCAAUCCUAAGCCUCCAUCCAGUUUACUUGACAGGUAUAAUGGGUUUGAGAACGAGGUUCAUUCUUCUUCUUAUGCUGGCCAGCACCUCUGCCUGUGCAAAUGCUAGAGAUCUGUUAACCUUGGAUAUCAUGGUGGAUAACAAGAUACAAAGUGAAAGUAGAAUGUCUGAAUCAAUUGCAAGGAAUCAAGAAUUGUGCACAAUAUGUGAAGAGUUUACUUCCCAGGCUACAUACUAUUUUGGUGAGAAUGAGACCCAGACUGAGAUUAUCAACACCCUUCACCAUGCAUGUUCUCGUUUGCAUUCUUUUGAAAAGCAGUGUGUUUUGUUGGUAGACUAUUAUGCACCUCUUUUCUUCAUGGAGAUUGCUACAAUACACCCAGAGCAAUUCUGUGGGAAGGUGAAUCUCUGUGAAAAGACAGUAUUGACUCCUUUGCCAAAGCGUGAUGAUGCCUGCACAAUCUGCCAUCACGCUGUUGUGGAAAUUCUUACCAAACUGAAGGAUCCUGACACACAGUUUGAGAUACUAGAGAUGCUUUUGAAAGUAUGCAACAAGGUGGAGAAUUUUGUGCAACAGUGUAAGAGGUUGGUCUUUCAAUACAGUCCUCUAAUCAUGGUGAACCUUGAGAAGUUUCUUGAGACAACAGAUGUCUGUACUUUAAUCCAUGCAUGCAAAGCUAGUCAAGAAGUGGUGGCGAGGUCAGAAUUAUUAGCUGUUGCUUGACGCUAUGGAAAUGCAGUUUCCCAAGCCCAAGAGUAGGCACAACAAAUUGAAUGGGUAAAGGAUUUGUGGCGGGAAAAGAAGUUGCUAUUGGAGUAACCUUUUUCUCUCUCAAUUAUUGUUAAGCCUGUAAUUUUAAAGUUCACAUCCCUGUAAUUUGCCAUAGUUGCAAAUUGCCUCAACCAUUGGAUUGUAACAUCGUUGGCGAGAUCUGUGUAUGAUAUCAUUUGUCUACUUGAUUGCAGGUUCUUCAACCUGUAAACAACUUUGUUUAUUGAAUGCAAGCUUCAAAUGACC